AUGAGUAUUGACAGAUCUCCUGCGUCUGCUGACAUCAGGCCAUCUCCAACGCUGGCCGCUGCCGAGGACACAGUCUACGAUUUGGGCACCGUCAGGUACGAAAACUGCAAAGUCGACACUAGGUGGACCAUUGAGGAUAUAGGAAAGUGGCCUGAAUGGGAGGUCGAAGUGAAAUCGGACAGUUUUCGCGACUCUAACUCGAACAAGUGGUGUAUGGUGCUGGUGAAAGGCGGAUUCGGCUGGAACCUCCUCUUCCGGCUGCUGUCUUCUCGGAAUGAAGCUACUGUGCGAGCGAACGUAAAAGCGUCAGUAGUGUCCAGCAAGGGUAAAAAGAGCGAGGUUUACCCUUCGCAAGCCGUCUGUCUCCAUAGCCGAGGGGAUACGGAGCGGAGGAACGUGGAUCGGUUCGUCAAAGAGGACGACGGCGUGCUGAAGUUCCUGGGAGAGGUGAGCACGCCGUGCGUGGUAACACAGCCGGACCUGCAGAGGCCUCGGCGCAGCGUCACAGACGACCUGGCAGCGCUGCUGGAGUCGGGCCAGCUGUCUGACGUGAAGCUGAGGGCGGAUGCCGCCGAAUUCCAAGCGCACAGGGCCGUGCUGUGCGCACGCAGCCCCGUCUUCUCUGCCAUGCUGCGGCAUGACACCCAGGAGGCUCGCGACGGCAUUGUAUACAUCAAGGAUGUCGAGGCAGACGUUCUGAGAGAGGUCCUGCAGUUCAUCUACACCGACAGCACCCCUCUCCUGGAGAAGAUGGUUGACAGGCUGCUGAUGGCGGCUGAUAAAUACGAUUUGCUGCAACUGAAGGAGCUCUGCGAGGUGGAGUUGGCCAAGAACCUCACCGUGGACAACGCUGUCGCUACCGCUGUCAUCGCCUUGAGCCACUCUAGCGGCGUUCUUAAGUCGGCGGUCACCAGCUUUGUGAAGCGCCAUCGCUUGGCCAUCUUGGACAGCAAAGGCUGGGAGGAAGCUCUUAGGAAUGACCCCGACAUCGCCUUCGAGAUUAGAAGUUGGAAGUGA